AUGAACAAACUAAGUGAGCUUUUAAUUGAUUCGGAGGAGAAAUAACCAAACUUCAUUACGCAAUACUGCAAGCCUCUGAGAAUUCUUGGGAAAGGGGCGUUUUCUACAGUGGUGGAGAUACAGAAUUUGAUGACAAAUAAGAAGGGAGCACUAAAGAUAAUAGAGAAAUCGCAUUUCAAUGUUUUGCAAUUGGAAAUGUUAAAGAAGGAGGUUCAGUUGUUAAAUCAAUUGAAUCAUUAGAAUAUUGUAAGAGUUACGUUUAGUAAAGAAACCAAAAGUAAAUUAUAUAUAAUGAUGGAUCUCAUCACAGGAGUUACAUUGGAAUAAUUUUAAUAGAACAAACUAGAAGAUUAGAUAGUACACAACAUUGUGACACAAUUGUUACAGGCAAUCAACUAUUUGCACUCCAUGGACAUUAUUCACAGAGACAUUAAGCCGGAGAAUAUCAUGAUUUCUCAGGUGGGAGAAGACGUUAAACUAACCUUAAUUGAUUUUGGACUCUCAGUUCAAUUGACCUAUCUAGAAGGAUCUGGAUUAAUGAGUGACAAUUGCGGGACUUUCUUGUAUAUGGCUCCAGAGUUGAUAUAGAAAAAGAGAUAUAACAGAUCAGAGUGUGGAUAUAUGGGCAAUGGGUAUUGUGGCAAGCAUCCAUUUUACUAACAAUUUGAUGACAAAGAAUCUUAUUGUGAAAAGAUUUAGUAAAUGAAAUGGAAUUGGCAGCCAGGGAUGAAUAACAAUUCAAUUAAUUUCUUGAUUAGGACAGUGGCUUUCUUGCCUGAAAAUCGUUUGAACAUCAAUUAAUGUUUAGAACAUCCUUGGAUUACAGGUAAAGAAAACUCUACUGAGCCUUUCACCUUUAUCGAAAUCCUUAGAAGUCACAGCAAUUUUCAAAAAAUCAAGUCCUUGAUCCAAGCAAUCCAGUUUCUCCAAAAACUCAAAGUCUUGUGUCCCAAUGUUGAUCAAUUCAAACAUUACUCAACUCCAGUAGCUAAAACACCAGUUAGGAUAAUAAAGAUUCCGAAGGUCAAAUAAUAAUCUAUUUCUCAAACCAAUGAGAAGUUUAAGUAAUUGAAAUAGGAAGUGCUCUAAGGAUCUAAUGUUGAUACUGCUUCGAUUGGAUCAAAUAGAAUUUCCUAAUUCAAAAUCUAAACCAUCACUCAAAGAAGAGAAAGAACCUCAUGUGAUCACUUGUAAAAGUUGCAGUAGCAAAAGGAAUCUUCAAAAUUUCUGUUUCCUCAUUAUCAUAGAUCUUUGGAAAGAAGUGCUAAAUCCAAUCACACCAUUAACACGACAUCCGAUAAUUCUUUGAAUCAGUCAUCAAUUCUACAGAAAUCAGGUAUCACAGAUGGCAGACAAUCCUUGAAUAAUGUGAAGCCCCUGCAAUAAUUAAAGAGGACCACCUUUGCAUCAAGAGGAUAGAAUAUUCUCGUUUAACAAGAGGUGCUGGCUAGUCAAAGGGUAAGAAUAAGCAAGCCUCCAAUUUAGAAAAAGCCUAUAAACGAUUGA